GUUUGAGUAGGGGGUCUCUUAGAAAAAACCUCUCUACUUUCAAGUAAGGACAAGGUACCGACUAUUCUAAACAUGGCAUAUCCGCACAUCUAAUGAAGGCGGCAUAUAGGCAAAGCUCGCGGAAUGACGAAGCAAUUCGGUCUGAGAUUACUGAUACCUAGCGUUUACCAUUCAUCACCAUUACCUGCGACGGCCGCCGCUUCCCUUUGCCUUUCUUCUUUUUAUGCUCAUCGGACAUCACGAAAAGCAGUUCUCGUGAAGAGAAGGGGCUGCUGUUGCUCUGGGUACAAGACCAGUCGCAGGUUGUCGUUCGGAGUGCUGAAGAAUGUGAAUUGGACCAAACAAUUUCCUUUCAAGAGAGCGGAUUUCGAGCGGUUUGAUGAAUCAAAGGAUUCGUUGUUCUAUGAAAUCCCUCGGUUCGUGACACAUAUUGAUGAUCCAGCCAUUGCUGCACUUACUAGAUAUUACUCGGAGAGUUUGCCUCCCACGAAUACCCCGGGUGUAGCAAUCCUUGAUAUGUGUAGCAGUUGGGUCAGUCACUACCCGGCAGGGUAUAAGCAGAAUAAAAUUGUUGGGUUGGGCAUGAAUGAAGAAGAGCUAAAGUUAAAUCCAGUGCUAAGUGAAUAUGUUGUACAAGAUUUAAACAUCAAUCCCAUACUCCCAUUUGAAGAUAAUACUUUUGAUGUCAUUACGAACACGGUUAGUGUUGACUAUCUAACAAAGCCUUUUGAUGUUUUCAAAGAGAUGUACCGUAUUCUUAAACCCAGGGGAGUUGCGAUUAUAAGUUUCUCAAACCGAUGCUUUUGGACAAAGGCAAUAUCAUUAUGGACAUCAACAGGAGAUGAUGAUCAUGUUGUGAUAGUAGGCUCAUACUUCCAUUAUGCUGGUGGGUUUGAACCACCCGAGGCUGUUGAUAUAUCUCCAAACCCUGGGCGUUCCGACCCCAUGUAUGUUGUUUAUUCAAGAAAGCAAACUACCCAAAGAAGUUAAAGGUGUUUAUUCUGAUCUGUGACCGCAUCUCUUCAAUCGAUUCAAUGUGUAAGUUGUACAAUUGUGAAUUGGUUUGUGGGCAAGUGCACCUGUUUGGAUUUCUGGAAGAAGAUUUCUAUAUUAAAAAGCCAACUAUGUGCGGGUGGAUUUUCGAAGGGCACACAAGUUGACAUUGGACCAUGCAAUCAAGUGCUGUAAUUCACAAAGAGGGCGACAGGGGAAAUGCCAAACGGGAUUCAAAAUAGUCAUACAUCAAUUAACUAAACCAAAUUGUUAUGUGAUUGUUGGGUACACAAGGCUCAUUUUAUGACACCAUGAAAGAGUUGAGCUUUUAGUAAAGAAAAAAAGAUUCAUUGU